AUGUUUAAGUACUUCCUAAAAGGUGUCAGCAAGUGCCAGGACAGAGCUGACGUGGUGCACCUGAGCAAAAAGUUAAUCCAAAAUAUGCACCUCUUAGAUACACAGGAAAUAUCGCUUUGCUUGAAUAAACUGUCAAAGAUACACUUUGAGGACAAAGCUUUUUGGGACAACGUUUGUCGGAUAAUCACCACUACGGAUGUUAGGGUGCUGGGGAAGUUCAAGUGCCUGCGGCCGAGGCAGGGAGGGGGCAUCAGCGAGGGUGGCAGCGGCAUCAGCGAGGGUGGCGGCGGCAUAAGCGAGGGUGGCAGCGGCAUAAGCGGGGGUGGAAGCGGCAUAAGCGAGGGUGGCAGCGGCAUAAGCGAGGGUGGAAGCGGCAUAAGCGGCGAUGUGAGCGAACGAACUGCUGGCAACGCUUCCGAUCGGGGAUGCGAAGCAACGACUUCUGCUCCGCGGAGGGACGAAGUAGGACUCUCCCGAGGAGUGCCACAAAAAGAAGGAGAUCCUCUCAACCUGGGUGGAGUUAACCCAAAUGAGGGAACCCGGGGAAGAAGCAGCCCCGAUGGUGAAGCGCACAGGGAUGACCCCCACUCUGCAAGCGGUGGCAGGGAUGACCUCAACUCUGCAAAUAGUAACCAGGAUGCCCCCCACUCUGCAAACAGUAACCAGGAUGACCCCCACUCUGCAAACAGCGGCAGGGAUGCCCCCCACUCUGCAAGCAUUCGCGGGAAAGACAAACUACUGUACCAUUUCAACAUGGAGGAGCUGUGCCUUGUCCUGAACGCAUUGGCAAAGGUCAACGUGAGGAACGAAGAGAUAUUAAAACUAGCGUCACAAAAAAUAAUUAGAGAAUUUGAAAUGAACCGACAUGUAGUGAACAUGAUUAAGGCGAUUGGCAGUUUCGGUAUGACCACUCCUGGUAGUAGUCACGGAGAUAGUUGUGACCCUAUGGGUCAGGCGAUUCAGAACGUCUACCUAAAUUACGAUCGCAUGAGUAGGAACCUAACUGAGAGGGACAUCAGUGUGCUCAUUCGGGUAAUGCUGACGUGGGGAAGCCAAACGGGGGAGAAAGAGGCGAAUAAGAAGCGGGCAAGUGGGGCCACCCCCGCAGGGGACCCACAUGGGGAAGAAGCCACGCAAGUUGGAGGCAACCAUGUUGGAAGGAGCCAUGUUGGAAGUAACCUUGUCGGAAGGAGCCACGUCGGAAGUAACCUUGUCGGAAGCAGCCACGUGGGAAGCAGCCAAGUCAGCCAAACGGCCAGCGCGCUGAUCGAAAAGCUAAUAAGCAGUGUAAAAAAAAUCAACCACAUAAGCGAGCAAAGCAUCGCUCUAAUCCUAAACGCAUGCACCAAGUCGUGCGUAAAGAACAAGGCCCUGUUAGAUAUGCUCAAAAUAGUUAUCAUUUUAAAACUUAAGCAGGACAAGAAUAAGUGCUCCGACAUCUUCGUAAGUAGCGUAACGCACUCCUAUUCUUCGUUCUUCUACCGAGACAGGGUACUCUACGACACCAUCGCUGAGUACGUGUGUACCAACAUCGAUAGCGUUAAUGUGAAAGCACUUGUAAUUAUCUUAAACAGCUUUGUUAACGUAGAGAUUGUCAAUGUGAAGCUGUUCAAUGUUGCUUUGGGGAAACUGGCCAAGAGGGAGGUGAUAUAUGGCUUGUCCAAUCAGUGUACCUCCAACGUUGUCACCAUCGUCACCAAGUCGUAUAAUUAUCUCUGCACGGAGAAGACACGCUUCCUUUUGGAGCUUGUGAAGGGACGUCUGCGCCGCGAGUUCGCCCGCGCCGGGGUGGGGAGCACCAAACCUGCGCCCGGCAAGGCGAAGGGUCGCGUAGCGCAGAAGAAAGACGGACCGCAUAAGGACGCACCGAAGAACGACGCACCGCAGAACGACGCACCGCAGAUCAACGCACCGAUGAGCUUGAAACAGCCCAGGCGCAGCGCCUUCCUGGAGGGCUUCCUCACAAAGCACCUGACCAACAUACUGAACAAUCUGAGCAAGCUAAACCACGCGGACGCCAACCUGUUUGCUCUCUUUUCCCACCUCAUUUUAAAAAAAAAAAACGAAAUUAACAAGUUAGACUUCCUCAAUAUCACGAGUGCAUACGCACGGUUCGGCUACGUCGACCAGGAGAUAUACAAGCUGAUCCAAUUGCAUGCAAAGAAAUUUUUGUCAGACAAGAAUUUGAAGUAUAUGGAAUUCAUUAAUAUGUUUACGAGCAUGGCGACCUUUUCAGUGAUUGAAAGGAAUAGGAGGACGGACCAUCGUGGGGGGGAUCGUUGGAAUGGGGACCCGACUGACCACUUUGGGGAAAUCAUGAAUGCGAUGAUAGAGCUGCUGAGGGGGGGGGCUGACAGCAGGCGGGUCCUUGGCGGGCCUCCGGGUCGUCCCGGGGACGAACACGCCAGCGCGGGUAGCAGCGACGAUGUAGCAGGGCGCCCGAACGGUGUAGCCCCAAACCGCCUCAACGAUGUAGCCCCAAACCGCUUGAACGACCGGAGGAACAUCAUCGACAACCUAAGUGCCAAGCAUACCUGCUGCAUCCUUGCCACGAUGAGUAAGUUAGACACGCACGACCGACAGAUAUACGAGCAGUGCGUAAAAAACAUAAAAAAAAAAUUUUUUAAGAUGGAUUCAAGGUCCCUUACCAUGUACCUGCUUUACGUGAGCAAGUUCGGCCUGACCCCCGAUCGGUACAUAAGAGAGCUCAUAUCGAACAGCUUUAAAAUGGCAUAUCUGAAAAUGGGGAAGACAAACGUGGCUGAUGCUAAGGGCGACCAAAGCGACCUCCUCGAUAAGAUGCUCACCCUUUGCACGCAACUACAAACGGAGGACGUGGUCAACGCAGUUUAUAUUGUUAGAAGUCUCAUAAAGAACGACCCCAACUACAGGGGCAGCGCGUACGUUAUGUGUGCCUAUUUGGAGGGCAUCUACGCGGGGGUGCAAGGCAGAAGUCGGAGUGUUGCUAGGAGUGAAUCCAGAAGUGGAUCCAAAAGUGAAUCCAGAAGUGAAUCCAGAAGCGAAUCCAGAAGCGAAUCCAGAAGCGAAUCCAGAAGCGAAUCCAGAAGUGAAUCCAGAAGCGAAUCCAGAAGCGAAUCCAGAAGCGAAUCCAGAAGCGAAUCCAGAAGCAAAUCCCGAAGUGGAACCCCGAGUGGAACCCCUUGCAGACGCGAACCGGACCAAAACAUCAUACAUAUCGGCGAGGCGCAGGCGGAGGAUCCCAGCGUCGCUGCUCUGCUAAGCGGCCGCAAGCUCAACACACAGACGGCAUGCAUCCUCAUGAACACGCUGGCCUUUAUAAACACACACGUGCGUUUGCCAAGUGAAAGAUACGCCAAGCUUGUUUCCUACCUGCUGUUCUUCUCCCUUCGCUUCAUGGUUGACCGUCUGAACUUGCGCCGUCCACUAAGCGACCUCCUCUAUGAAGGCACCUCCCAAAGAGAGAACAUGAACCAAAACGUUCACAGAAAUGAUAGCCAAAACUAUAGCGACAUUAAAGGAGUUCUUAAGAGGAAGAUCGACUCGGCGAGCAUCCGGCAGAUAAGCAUGACUAUCCUGAUGAUAUUCCAUUUGGGUUCUUUGAACCCGUUUUCCUACUCCCCCCAGUGGCAAGUUACCAAUUUGGCUAGCUAUCCACUAAGGUUACUACAAUAUGUGUACUUCUUUUUAAAGUUCAACCCCCUAGCCCCCUUUGAAAGAUACACAUCUGUUUACAACUCGGUGAGUAACAGGAGGAAGCUAACCAACUACUGCGGUGGGGGUUAUGCCCACGUGGGUCCGAGUGGGUCGUCGAGUGAGCUGCAGAGUGGACUACCGAGUGGGCUUCCGACUGGGACUUCAACUGGUCUCCCGACUGGGCCUUCGGCUGGGCUUCCCUGUGGGGGGCUGUUCCCCUCCAUCUCAGAAGGCGAAAUUAGCAUCUACCAAACAGUCGCGUCGCUGCUGAAGCGGAAGGGCUGCGACGCCAACUGCACACUCUUGUCCACGUUCGGCGUUUAUAUGUAUUCCGUCGACGUGUUGAUUUUGCGCGGAGGCAUCUCAUUGCGCACCCUUUUUGUGAACUCCCCAAUGGUGAGAGUGCCCACCAUGUGGUGCGAUAGCGAUUGCGAUAGCGAUUACGACUGCGACUGCGACUGCCACUGCCACUGCGACUGGCGAGGAACUAAACGGUGA